AUGCGCGUCGGUCGUCUCCGCGCUACCCUCUGCACAAUCGCGCGCGCGUUCACGCGCGCCGAGUCGCGUGCGAGUCCUCACAUCGGUGUCGCUCGAGCGACGUUUUCCAACUCGAAGCGAACGACAGUUCGGGGCGACGCUGAGCGACGUCUCUGCUUUUCCGCUCCGCGCUCGUUCGCGUCCGACACCGAGGAUGCGGGUGAGCGUGGUGCGGCGUCGACGUCACCGCCCGACGAUACCUCGACGUCGCGCGAGAACGCGAACGCAAGAAAGGAUCUGUACAUGAUGUUUACGUGUGGACGGUGCGACGCGCGGGCGGCGCGCGGGUUCAGUCGACAGGCGUACGAGAAAGGCGUCGUUAUCGUCACCUGUCCGGAAUGUCAAGUGAAACACGUUGUGGCGGAUCGUAUGGGAUGGUUCGGUGAACCUGGGAGCGUGGAGGAUUUCAUAGCAGAGAAGGCGCGCGCCGACGGCGGCGGCGAAGACAAAGCCACACGCGGCUCGAUAUGUCUCACCGAAGACGGCGAUGGCACGCUCGAGAUCAAUAGCGACGAGCUCGAGGAGUGGUUAAAACGGUUCACGCCGAAUAAGGGCGAGAUGUGA